CUUUUUGACAUCUAGCUCCCGCGAGGAAGGCGACGAGCGCGGGUGAUUUGGAGUCCCGUGGGCGGUUUGGCGGGGGCAGGUGUGCGUCCGGGCGUUAAGUUCAGUCCGUGGGCGCCGGGCCUCAUGUCUUCCUCUUCGGCCGAGCUCCAGUGGCCUGAGUGCCUGGUGCCGCUGAAAGAAGUGGAUAAUUUGCUGCGGUGUGGAAUAUGCUUUGAGUAUUUCAACAUUGCAAUGAUCAUUCCUCAGUGUUCACAUAACUAUUGUUCUCUCUGCAUUCGGAAAUCCCUAUCCUACAAGGCUCAGUGUCCAACAUGUUGUGUGGCAGCUACGGGCCCUGACCUGAAGAAUAACCGGAUAUUAGAUGAAUUGGUACAGACUUUUAGUUCUGCAAGGCAGAGGCUGCUCCAGGCAGUCUUGGAUUCGCCACCAGUUUCGCCUCCAGCAAUGUUUACCAAAAAGGCUGCUGUCCAAAGCCGUGUUCCAAGUUCCCCAGUUGUUCCUGCUCUGGAAUGGCAAAAACAGUUUAAAGAUGCUAUUUUUUCCAAAGAAAAUAUUCACACACCAAAACGACACUUGAAGCUACCUGAAAGAGAAGAUAAAAAGAUCAAAAUAAAGCAGGAAGAGACUCCAUGGGGUUCUGAAGAGGCCCACGAGACCACUGACCAAGGGGCAGCAAACUUGACAGGAGGAACCAAAAAUCCUGAAACACCUUCUACAUCGGCAACAAAAGUUAUCAUGAAGGGUAAUGUUUCAUCUUUUAUUCUCUCUGGACACACAAGAAAGUUACUGCCUAAAGUUGUUUAUAAUCUGCUUUCUGACCGAGAUCUGAGGAAAAGGCUGAAAGAGUAUGGGCUGUCCACCCAGGGAACAAAGCAACAGCUUAUUAAAAGACAUCAAGAGUUUGUGCACAUGUAUAAUUCACAGUGUGAUUCUUUAAAUCCAAAAUCAGUUGCUGAAAUAGUAAAAGAACUGGAGGAUAUUGAGAAGACUCGAGUACAGCUUGAAUCCAGCAGACCAAGAGAAGUUAGCAUGACAUUUACAAAGCACCAGACCGAGAAUGAAAUAGAUGAAAUUCAUAGAGAUUAUCGAAAGAAACAUAAAGCUGAAUUUCAACUUUUAAUUGACCAAAUGAAGAAGCGAAAGGAAAAUGCAAGUAAAAUAAAAAUAAAGGAAGAAAGACCAGAGGAAAACGAUGCAACAGCUGAAGUACUGGCUAUAGAGAUUGGAGAAAAACAGAGUGUUGAAGAUCAAACAGACCAGGCCUCUGAUACAAAUCACUCACUUAAAAUAGAGGUUGUAGAGAGUGGAAUAAGCGAACCCGUUGAUUGGCCAGAUGUCAGAGGAUUGGCUUCUACAUCUUCUUUCCAAUCAUCUCAGUCUUCAAACAGCUCAAGUUCAGACAUCAUAAGAGAUUUGGAGAUUGCUGGGAUGUGUUCAGGCUCAUCAGAUAAUGACUGUGGUGUCAUGGCACCCAAGAAAACAGCGGAAGCUGGGAAGAGGAAGAAGGAAAUGAUUCUGCUUGAGGUCAAGAAAGAAAUCAUCAGGAAGCAUGAAGGAGGAAUGAGAUUGACUGACCUCGCCAAAGAGUAUGGAAAGAGUGCAUCCACAAUCGCUACCAUCCUAAAGAUGAAAGAGAAGAUAGCUGGGAGAGAUGCAGCCAAGGGAGUCACCAGGGUCUCCAAGCAACGGCCACCUGUUGUGGAGGAGGUUGAAAAGUUGCUCCUGCUCUGGAUUGAAGAGAAGCAGCGUGCAGGGGACACAGUGACUGAGGCGAUCAUCUGCAAAAAAGCCAAGGCCUUGCAUGCUGACCUCCUCGACCAACAGCCAGGAACGUCAGCUGAUGCAGAAGGCUUCAAGGCGAGCAGGGGGUGGUUCAGAAGGUUCAAGCCCAGAUCUGGCAUCCACAGCGUGGUCAGGCAUCGGGAAGCCACAAGUUCCAAUGUUGCUGCAGCUGAGGAAUUUGCUACUGAGUUCCUGGAGGUCAUGGUUUCAGAGGGCUACCUUCCUCAGCAGGUCUUUAACUGAGACAAGACUGGGCUCUUCUAGAAG